AUGCGAUCGCAGGGGGAAGAACUAGAGACGGAGGUAGUUCAGAGCGAAACACAUUCUCCUUCGAAGAUCACGGCGGCAAUGGCGCCGCAGCCAAGCGCUUCCGGGCACGGCUCCCAUGCCGCCACUGCUUGCGUGGCCUCCACGGUGCCGGUCGUGAUAGACUGCUUCUCCAGGGACCGCCUCCGCGCUCCCGCUGAGGAUGUUCUCGCCAAGUUUGCCGUCGAGGAGCAGCUACCAGAUGUGCGCUCGAUCCUGGUUCACAAGCUGGUUCACCACGGUAUGGAGCACGAUGAGGCAUCUAUCAGACUGUGGAGUACGCUGGCACCUUCACGUCUCAUGGCACGAGGUCUGAUGGUGCUGGAGAAGCGAGAGUACGGGUCUCUCUUGAAGGGUCUGGUCGGGAGGAUGAGAGACGUGGACGAAGACGUAGUGGACGCGGCGGCGGGCGCUCUCAGGAAGAUGUACAGCGCAGGGCCCACCACAGAAUCACCGGGAGGUACGAGCACCAACGGAGCGGCGAAGACAAUAGGGUUAGAACCAGCUGCACCGUCAGCAUCAAUCUCAACAGCGCGACGGUCCAACAAGGAAAGCAGCACAACACUCGGCAGCAGCGGCAGCAGCAGCAGACUCGUUCCAUCAUCAAACGGUAGCCUCAACACAAGCACCAACACCGGUGAGGCAACAGAGAAGUCAAUCCUUAAGAACAGCAUUAGCGUCGACAGCUUGGACAUCGACGGCCGUGGUAGCCGGAGCAGGGGAAAAACCGCGCAACUCCACGAUCACCAUGCCCAACACGAACGAAAGCACCCCGCGCUGGUUGCCUCUCCGACGAGGCCAGUCCUUGCCGACCCGGCGGCCACCGAAGUGCCGGUGACGCUCGGUGGCGAGGAAGAGUUUGGAUCCUGCGCCGCUUUCGCCGAGCCAAAGCUUGGCAAGGCAAGAACGGGACGAUCGGGAGGGGAAGACGGGACAGGAGCAGCGGUGCUCGGUACCAGCGGUGGCCGUGACCGUGAGAGGGGAGACCGAAAUGACGGAGAAGCAACGGCGGCAGUUCAGCCCCCGUCUCGGCCGGAUGCUAGCCCUAUGAGCAAGGCAGGGGCGACGAUUCCGCACCCGCCAGACGCCGGGAGGUCAGAGGCGAAGGAGAAGCAUUCAGCGACAGCAGAACGGAAGGCGUCUGUCCCAGCCACCGUGUCAACGCCCACAAAAACGUGUUCGUUGUCCCCUCCACGACCAGGAGAGUCAACCGCAAACCUGUCCCCCAAGACGGCAAUGGCAGGUCCUUCAGCAACAGCGGAACAAUGUCAUCGUCAUUCGUCGGCUGCUAAAACCUACUCCGCCACAACCACCGUCAGGGCCAACGACGAAGACAACGUCAUGAGCACCGUCGAUUCAUCGCCAAUUCUUCGGGAAUUGCUACGCACCCUUGUCGAAGUCGAAGCAGCUGCAGCAGGACGGGGAGCAAAGACCGGCGGUAGCGGCAGCAGAUCUCCGGUCGACAAGCCGCCGGCGAAGUUCGAGGGAGUGGCGGCCGUCGAUUGGACCGCGUCGGGGACGUCAGGGGUGCGGCGGCGAAACAGGGUAAGGGCAAUGGAGACCGCUAAAACAAUGGCCUCGAAGGAGACGAUGCUUGCCGCGGGCGGGGAUGGGGGAGCAAUGCAGGAUUCGGAAUCAACGAGAACGCCCACUCUCCCGCCGCCGCCGUUCUCGCCACCGACUGGAAUGAUGGAAGAUAUCCUCGUGGUGAUGUUGCGCCUGACCGACGACCCAGACUUUAAAAUUGCCCUGCUAUCCCUUCAGACCAUACACGGUUUCGUGCUUGCCGUUCGGGAGCACAUACAAACGCACCUGGAUCUCCUCAUCCCGCCUUUGAUCGUGAAACUCGGGGAUCACAAGGUCGCUGCGAGGCACCACGCGAUGUUGGUCCUGUCCGCCGUCGUGCGCGUCUCGGGGCUUGCCUCCGCCACCCCGCGCCUGCUGCUGGCGCGGGAGGGUCUCCUCUCUGCCGGCUGGCGCGCUAGGGAGAGCGUGGCAAAGCUAGUGAUUGCUGGCCUGCUAUUCUGGCAGCCGACGUCUCCGUCAUCGGUGGAUCCCGACGCUUUGGGGUUGUCAGCGGGUCGUGGCGUGGCAGGAGAGAAGCUGGGCCGCGGGAGGGGGGCGUUCAUGGGCGGAAACGGCGGCGAACGCUUGACAGAAGACGAACAUCAGAGUGGGGCGAGGAGACCGGGCAGAGGAGAGGGCGGGAGCGCCGGGAGUGGCAACGGCGACGACAGCAAGAGGAGGCAUUUGCAUUCCCCGAGUCAAUCGCCGGCGAUGCCUCUAAGGGGAGCACACGGUUGUGGCCGCCGGAGAAACGGUGAUGCGGCGUUGAUGUCGACUGCGGAUAAGGAGCAGCUCGUGCGUGAUGUGGGGUCAUUGCUGGCGGACGAAAGGCCAGAGGUUCGACGUGCUGCCGUGGAGGCGCUCGCUGUGGCCGCCAGCAUGUGGGGUGCAAACGACAUAGACGUGCUUCGAGUGUUAGAGAGAGCGGAGCUUUUCAGGUCAAAUGAAUCGCGGCGCCGUGUGGCGGCCCGGCUACACGACUCGACGUCCUCGCUUCCGAGUGUCGGUCCUGACGGAAUCGUCAACUUCGGCGCUGGCCUCACGACGCACUUGUCACCUGCCCACGCUAGACGGGAGCGGCCGGUGAUGGCGGCGGUGGAGCUGUCGACGAGCUCGGAGCAGGAGGCUUUGGAGAGCAGGUGCGGUCAUGAUGGCAGGGACGUCAAUGGCAACGACCACCACAGCGGUGGAAUAAGGGGAGGGACGUCCGCGCUCCGCUGCUGGACGAGCAACGAGGCCGGCGAACGGGAAGAGGUUACUCCGUGGAAACCCCACCAAGGUGUGAGUGACAGCGAUAGGGGAGGACGGGGAAAGGAGUUGAGUGACGUGGGAAGCGGUGGCCAGAGUCAGGGUCAAGGGAUGGAAAACAACGGCGGCGGAGCCCGUGGCGGCAACCGUGCAGGCCGCGAGGGUGAAGGGAGACACCGUGGGCGCGAGGCGCAAAGCUACCGGCGGACAAGAAUCGCAAGCGACGAGGAGGAGAGGGGAGGGACGGAAUCGGACCCGGCGUUGUCGCCCAACAACCGAGGGGGUAGGGGUGGCGCUAGCGGUCCGCGUCGCCGCGUGUCUUCGCCGGUGCUAGGCACAAACCGCGGAAGGACCGACGGCGGAAAACGCCAAGGGGGUGGUGGUGACCACACCUAUAUCCCGUCAUGGGCGGAUAAAACCGGCGACGAGCCGCAAGUCCCCGGCGAGAACCGUUCCUACGACGCGCAACACAAGCCAGAUAGGAUCGGGCGCGGGCAGCCUUCCAUACGGAAACCGUCUCCUUCCGGAGUUGACAGCGAGGACGAUCGAGAAGCCGAAAGCACCCGGGGCGAAGUCGGCGGCGCCGGCAGCGGCAGGCAUGCCCAACACGGGACCCACGAGCGCCGGCGGGACCGGCGGGGGAGGGGACCCGAAGGUGGGAGCUCCGGCCCAGGAGCAAGUCCGGAGUGGCAACAUCAGUACCACAACAGAGGCCACAGGAGACGGGGAAGUCCGCGGGAGGGGACGGACGGCAGCGAGGAGGAGUUGUGGAAGGGGGGCCAGUGGGAUAACAUCCCCAGGAUGGGCCGCACCAUUGACGUCGGAAGGAGAACCGGAGGAGACGACGGAGAGGGAGGGGUAUGGCGGGGGGGCGAGAGAGAUGAAUGCUCAGGUCGUCGCCCGGUGGUGGUGGACCCUGAUCUAUUGUCUACCCUGAAGCGCGGGGGCUCGAGAAACGCAAAGGCGAGCCGGCGAGCGGUCAGUGCCGCAGCUGGGGGAGGCGGAGGCGGCGAAGCUCUUGAGAGCGGCGCCGGACGUCGGGCAAGCGGGGGUGGUCCAGCCUCCCUCUCGCACGACGGGGGCGAGGGUCGAUCGAGGUCGAGGCCGAAGGGCGGGGAACCUGCCGAGCCUACAACGCCCGUGCCUGUCGGGAGGUACGAUGACAUGGGCAGGCGAAGCCACAUGGAGACCACCGUUCAGCAGCCCUUGCCGCUGUCCCUCAGAAAAAGGGCGGGAGGCGUUUCCGGGAGGCGGGGAUCAGGGGGAGGACUCGGUACUGAGACUUUCGUUACAGGAAUCGACGUCGACAUCCAGGACGGUGGUAGCGGCAGCAGCAGGCAUGGGGAGUUGGCGGAGUCACCGCUCGGGGGUCCCGAACCCGAAGGAGAGCGACGGCGAGGCUUCUACAACCAGACGGGGGUUUCGUCGGCAACCAGGCGGCGGAGGGAGAGGCGGGAAGCGGGGGAAAGGAACGCCGAGAACGAGAGGAAGCUCCGCGCCGGCGUCGAAUGCGACGCUACCGGCCGCAACGACGGACGCCACGCGACCGAGGACAGACCGGCGGGGGAGGGCAGUAUUACCGGCGGGGAUGGCCGUGGCCGUGGCAAGAGAGGAGGGCAGCGCAGGGUUAGGCUGUCAUCGCCGCCGACGCCACCGCUGGGAGGGGGACGGGCUACGGUUGUCCCGCCGUCGCCAAGCGCUGCGCUCAACAAGCCAGACUCGUUCGACUACCUCACGGCCGAGGAUAUCCGACCGUCUCCCAACCCCAGCCAGGAGCUGCAGAGGGCAAUGGCAUCGCUCCCUCGAGACGGCUGGCCCGAGAUCUUCCACACCCUCAACUCCGUCCGGCGGCUGGCGACCCACCACACGCCCCUCCUCGGCUCGCAGUCCCACCUGCACGCCCUUGUCAGGGACGUGCUCGGGCAGUCCGAGAACCUUCGAUCUCAGGUGGCGAAGAACGCGCUUUUGACCCUGGCCGACCUUUGGCGAGGCCUGGGGGACACCCUGGACCCGGAGCUCCCCAUGGUGUGCCCGAUUCUGGUGAAGAAGAUGGCCGACAAGGUCGAUUUUCUCGCCGAGGCGGCGCGUGAGUGUGUCGACGAGGUCGUCGCUACCGCCACGGAAUCCCGAGCGCUGUCCGCCUUCCUCGCCUGCGGGAGCCACCGUAGCCCGGCCGUCCGCGCCAAGUCCGCGUUGGCAGUCCUUCUCUGCGUGAGGCGGAGGUGCUGCCACCCCACCAGCAGAACGGCGCCAUCGCCGUUGUCUGGAGCGGCUUCAUCGCGCAGGAGUGGUGUUAGGAUCGACAAGCGCAAUGGCGGCGGUGGUGGGGCGGGGCAUGCUGGAAGGAUGGGGGCUAGGGAGAUGGACCGGCUCCUGUCUGCGCUGCCGAGGUUUCUCCAGCGCGGAAUUGUGCUUCGAGGGUCCGUGUCGAUGGAUGGGAAUCAGGAGACACGACACCAUGCUAAGGCUGUCGUCACCGUCCUCAUGAACACGGGCGAGGUGGGCGAGGCUCGGCUCCGAAGAGAAAUUCCUCCCCCGAUACUGGAACGACUUCAGCGGGAGCUGCUGAACUCUUCCCUGCCGUCGGGCCCGGGCUUCACCGCUACGAAUUCUGAUGCCGCUUCCGCCACCCCCUAUUCUGCGGGGUCGUCGUUCUCCUCCCCUUCCUACCUGAAUCGAAGCGGUCGCAACGACGUAGGCGCCAGAAUCAGCCGCAGACUCGGCGCCACAGGACCCGUGCCUUCAUCAAGUGGGCCCGGGGUCUCUUCGCCUGCAAGCAGCUUUUCCCCGACGGCAGGGCGCCGCGGUGGAAGCGGUGGCGUCGGCGAUGGCAACAGAGACCUUAGAAGAAGGCGUGCAGAGGGCGCCGGGAGCGGCGGCGGGGGCGGAGGUAGGGGUGAGGAGAGGUGGGUCGCCGCCGCGCCUGGCGAAAGCUGGCGGCGAGAGCACGAAGGUGCGCGAGGCGAGCUUGGUGACAGCGAUGAUGAUGAUGGGUGCGGCAGUGACUUCGCGGGGGGGCUGGGGAUGGGGUCGUUGUCCUCUCCCCCGCAUCGCGCGUCACCUUCGGUACCUCGAUCGAGAAACUGGGCUGGGAGGUAUCCGGCUGAAGGUCACGCCGAUACCGCCAGGGAAGAACAGCGGCAACGACAGCAAGACGCCGCAGCGCGAUAUCACCCGCGACUGCAACGGGGAGCGGGCGAUCCAAACGACAAGACCACCACCACCACCCCGGCAAGGGCGACUUCGAUUUCUUCGCCGGGGAAGGGAGGUAUCGGCGAACGGGGCGGCGGAGGCGGUCGCAGCAGCAGCGCAAAGAGGCGUUCGAGCAAAGCCAAAGUGUUUCAUUGUCGGGAAGCGGAACUGCUGCCAGAGGUGUACGCCCGCUUGGACUCGGGGGACUGGAGGGAGCGUCUGAAAGGGCUGGAAGAGGCCACUUCUCUGCUGGAGGAGCACGGGAACAACCUCCAUGCCGCCGGGAAGUCGGCUAGGCUCGUCGACCGCGUUGCGGACUUACUCUCCGAUGGAAAUUUGAAGGUGAACUUGCUUGCCCUCGAGGGGGUGGUGCGGCUAGGAGCGAGCAUGGGGAGCAAGCUCGAGCCGGUGGUCAACACGCUGGUCCCCGCGGUGUGCAAGAACCUGGCCUCUUCGAACCAACAGCGGGUUGCGUUGGCCGAGGAAGCGCUCGACGCGCUGUGCGAGGCCGUCGACCCCUGCCUCUUCGUCCAGCCUGUGGCCUCUCUUGCACAGUACGGCAACGCCCGCUUGAAGGUCCCCAUGUUGGCCUUCCUGAGGGAGAUUACGCCAGAAGUCGGAGACGUCAAGCCGAUCCUUCUCACAAAUAGUAUACCCCGUGCGAGAUUCGAAACUCAUUGA